UUUUAGCAUCAGUUAUAUUUAUACUCUUAUUGUAAAAGUUACAUGAUUAGAUUCGGCAAGUUUUAAAGUAUAGUUCCAAAUAGACAGACAAGAGUUUUUGUUUGUUUUUCCACCUCAAACUUUAAGCCAGCUUGAACGACAACUCAUCCAUUGGCCUUCCUCUAAUGAUUUCCUUAAAGUCUCGCCUAUCAUGCUGCAUCGAUCUCUCUUUUACUUAAGAAAACCCCCACAAUAUCGAAUGAUUUUUUAUAUUUCAAAACUAUUAGCGGUACCAAAUAAUAAGUGAACGUGGUGCCAUAUAACCGCACAUCACCUCUCAAGGGGAACGUAAAAUUGACGAUACUUGAGUAAAACAAUACCGAUAUGCAAGCGGCAGUGCUAUAGGUUAAGUAACGAUGUAUUAAUCUGAUAUUUAAAAAAAAUUGGUGAAUUCAACUACAAUGGAGGAAGAUGGGCCCAAGAUGGUUGAAGUUUAUCAAAAAAGGAAAGAAAAAUCUGUGUAUACACAGAUAACCUUGGCAUUUUUAUCAAACUUUUCGAACAUAGCCCCAGGAAUGAGUAUAGGAUUUUCAGCCGUUGCCAUUCCAGCUCUCAAAAAUCUGGAUGAUCAGCAAAUUUCUUGGUUUGCAAGCAUAGCCUCACUAGCCACACCUCUAGGCUGUAUACUAUCCGGACCAAUAGCAGAUAGAUACGGUAGGAAAUGUUCAAUAGCAGUAGUCAAUAUAGCUGCAUUUAUAGGGUGGCUAAUAGUGGCUUCUGCUUACCACUUGCCCAAUCAGCAGUAUGAAAUUCUUCUUGUCGGCAGGUUUUUAACUGGAUUAUCGACAGGAUUAUGUGGUACACCAGCCGCAGUUUAUAUGGCGGAGGUAGCCAGUUCUAAACUUAGAAGUGUAUUUACUACGUGGGUCUCUUUAUUUUAUGCCAUUGGUAUAUUUAAGGUUUACCUUUUAGGUCUUAUACUUAAGGACGACUGGGGUACAAUAUCACUAAUAGCAGCAGUAUGUCCUAUCAUAGGACUAAUUUUCUUAAAACUAUUCAUACCUGAAUCGCCACCGUGGCUAAUAACGAAGCAACGCCUCGAUGAAGCCAAGAAAAAUAUGUGCAGGCUCUACGGAACCCAAACCUAUACAGCUGAGGUCCGUGAAGAAAUUGAAACUUUGAUCGCAAAUCGACCGAUAAAAAAGGAGAUUCAACAGAAAACUUUGAUGCAGCAAUUUGUGAAAAAACUAAAAAUGCUCAUGAAGAAGAACUUUUUAAAACCUUAUGCUAUGGUGUUAACAUUUUUCUUUUUUCAGCAGUUCACUGGAAUUUUUGCUAUAAUGUUUUAUGCAAUUGACAUUGUUAAAGGAGCCAAGGUCGAGCUAGAUCCUUACAUUACUAUAGUGAUCAUUGCUGUAGUUCGGUUGAUUGCUAUGAUUUUACUUAGUUUCUUCAGUAAACAUUUUGGAAGAAGACCUUUGAGUAUUAUGUCUGGCUCAGGAAUAGCUCUUUCUAUGCUUAUCCUCGGUAGUUAUAUUUUGGCAGUGAAGCAAGGCCUAAUUACACAAGAGCAAGAAAAAUCUUUAUCAUUUAUACCUCUUUCACUUUUAAUAUUCUACUUUUUUAUAAGCACCAUGGGAUUUUAUCCACUUCCUUUUGCCUUAGCCUCAGAAGUCUAUCCGGGAAACAUUAGAGGAACUGCUUCGGGUAUAAGCUCUGGAUCAAAUUUUUUGUUUAACUUUUUAAUAGUUAAAUUGUACCCCACGAUGGUAUCAAAUAUCGGUGCCCAUGGGGUAUUUUACUUUUAUGGUACUUUGGGUCUCAUUGGGACUCUUUUUGUGUUUUGUUUUCUUCCUGAAACUAGAGGGAAGAGCUUGGAGGAGAUUCAAGCAUUUUUUGUGGGAAAAAAGACUGAACCGAUACUAAAAAAACCUGAAUCAGCUUAGUAAUAUUAGAUUUUAGAGUACUAAAAUCUAAAUAAAAAACGCUGAAGUAAGGUUGUUUAGUAAUGGAAUAUCUGCAGCCAACUCCAGAAAUGAGCCGCACUACCCGCCUAUGCUGUAUGUGUUCUCCAACAAUAGAUGCUAAAUGUUACGACACCUGCAAACUAAGUAUAUCCACUGUAAUGUCAUGAGAAUUAAUCAUGUUACGUUUUAGCAAAAUUGAAAAUUAAAUUAAAUAUAUUUAUUUUAAAAAAA